AUGCAGAUAUGGGAUUCAGUUCCCAAGCCUCAAGCACACAAAGAAACUCCACUCAGUGAUUUCUUCAAUGUUGAAGUAGUUGCUCUCUCUAGUUAUGAAGAAAAGGAAGAGCUAUUCAAAGAGCAGGUCUAUAAUUUGAGACAACGGUUCUUCCACUCUGUCGCACCUGGCGGACUUGCUGGUGAUCGACGAGGAGUUGUCCCUGCCAAUGCGUUUGCUUUUAGUGCAAAGCAGAUGUGGGAAGUCAUCAAAGAAAACAAAGACUUGGAUCUUCCAGCACACAAGGUCAUGGUAGCAACUGUGCGAUGUGAGGAAAUUGCUAAUGAAAAAUUCUCUAGUUUUAUCGAGAAUGAGAAUUGGCGUGAGUUGGAAGAAGCUGUACAGUCUGGUCCUGUUUCCGGAUUUGGAAGAAAGCUGAGCUCAAUUCUCCAGUCUUCCUUAUCAGAGUAUGACACAGAAGCGACAUACUUUGAGGAAAGUGUAAGAUCAUCCAAGAGACAACAGUUGCAAGAAAAGUUACUGCAACUUGUUCAACCAACUUUCCAAGACUUGCUUGGACAUUUGAGAUCUGGAGCACUUGAAAACUUCAAGGAUGCUUUUGAGAAGGCCUUGAAUGCUGGAGAAGGGUUUUCAUCCUCAGAGGACUCCUGCGCUCGGUCAUGCUUGUCUAUGUUUGAUAAAGGAUGUGAAGAGGCUGUUAUUGAACAAGCAAAUUGGGAUACAUUGAAAACUCGGGAAAAGCUUCAGCGUGAUAUUGAAGCCCAUAUCUCGUCUGUCCGUACAGCCAAGUUGUCUGAACUGACGACUCUGUACCAGUCAAAACUAAAUGUAGCAUUAUCCGGACCGGUGGAAGCUCUCCUCGAUGGAGCUAAUGAUGAAACAUGGCCAGCAAUAAGAAAGCUACUAAGACGGGAAGGAGAAUUGGCUGUCUAUGGUCUCUCCGACGCACUAUCUGGUUUCGAAAUGGAUGAAGAUCUACGGAAUAAAAUGCUCGCUGACCUUGAGAACUAUGCACGAGGUAUUGUUGAAACGAAGGCAAAGGAAGAGGCUGGAAGAGCGUUGAUGCGCAUGAAGGAUAGAUUUGCUACAAUCUUCAGCCAUGAUUCUGAUUCAAUGCCACGUGUUUGGACUGGAAAGGAGGACAUCAGAGCAAUCACCAAAAUGGCUCGUUCUGCAUCCUUGAAGCUGCUUUCUGUUAUGGCUGUUAUCCGCUUGGAUGAUGAACUCGACAAUAUUGAGAAGACAUUGACUCUAGCUCUGUUUAAUUCUACUGGCAACAAUGCUACAAGCAAGAGCAUCAGCACCAUUGAUUCACUCGCCUCAAGCACUUGGGAGCAGGUUCCAGCAGAAAAGACGUUAAUCACGCCUGUACAGUGUAAAUCACUGUGGAGGCAAUUCAAGAACGAGACAGAAUAUACCGUUACACAGGCCAUUUCUGCACAGGAAGCUAACCGACGGAAUAACAACUGGUUGCCACCUCCUUGGGCAAUCCUUGCCCUGGUUGUUCUUGGGUUCAACGAAUUUAUGACUCUCUUAAGAAAUCCUCUAUGGCUCGGUGUUCUUUUCGUCGGAUACCUUGUUUCCAAAGCCUUGUGGGUGCAAUUAAACAUUUCAGGAGAAUUCCGCAAUGGAGCGCUACCUGGACUUCUUUCCUUAUCAACCAAAUUCCUUCCAACAGUCAUGAACCUCCUACGAAAGCUGGCGGAAGAAGGACAAGCGCCAUCCACAAACAGCAAUCAGACUUCGAUGCACUCCUCAGCUCAAUCUGAUGUUACAACCAAUGGGGAAAGCAGCAGUAGCAGCAGCUCUGAGAGGGAUUCACCGAGAGCCAUAUCUUGCAUGUCUCCGAAGGCAUUGGUUCCUCUUGCAUGUGCCAAAGUGUUCUUCUCGUCUGCUUCCAGGAAACUGGUUUCUGGGCGGAUUAUAAGCAGCAGAAACUAUGUGGCUAAGGAUAUCAAUUUCGGGGUUGGAGCUCGAGCAGCUAUGUUGCAAGGUGUAUCUGAAGUUGCAGAAGCUGUGAAAGUCACUAUGGGACCAAAGGGAAGAAAUGUGAUAAUUGAGAGCAGUUUUGGCGCACCAAAGAUCACAAAGGACGGUGUCACCGUGGCAAAAAGCAUAUCAUUUGACGGUAAAGCUAAGCAUAUGGGUGCAGAGCUCGUGAAACAGGUUGCAAGUGCCACUAACAAGGUUGCUGGAGAUGGUACCACUUGUGCGACUGUUUUGACUCAGGCGAUACUCAUCGAAGGCUGCAAGUCAGUAGCUGCUGGUGUAAAUGUGAUGGAUUUGCGUAGUGGCAUUAAUAUGGCAAUUGCUGCAGUUGUAUCUGAUUUGAAAAGCAGGGCCGUUAUGAUUAGCACCCCAGAAGAGAUCACUCAGGUUGCUACUAUAUCUGCAAACGGAGAGCGUGAGAUUGGGGAACUGAUUGCAAGAGCCAUGGAGAAAGUUGGAAAGGAAGGGGUUAUCACAGUUGCUGAUGGGAACACUUUAGAGAACGAGCUAGAAGUAGUGGAGGGAAUGAAGCUAGCCAGAGGUUACAUUUCUCCUUAUUUCAUCACAGAUGAGAAGACUCAGAAAUGUGAGCUUGAGAAUCCCAUCAUCCUCAUUCACGAGAAGAAGGUUUCAGACAUGAACGCGCUGUUGAAAGUUCUAGAGGCAGCUGUGAAAAGCAGCAGGCCACUUCUUGUUGUCGCCGAAGAUGUAGAAAGUGAUGCAUUAGCUAUGCUUAUUCUGAACAAGCAUCAUGCUGGGCUCAAGGUAUGCGCUAUCAAGGCUCCAGGUUUUGGUGACAGCAGGAAAGCAAGCUUAGAUGAUCUUGCGGUUCUUACUGGUGCAGAGGUAAUCUCUGAGGAGCGCGGUCUAACUCUUGACAAAAUUCGUCCUGAAUUGCUAGGAACUGCGAAGAAGGUCACUAUCUCUCGUGAUGACACUAUCAUCCUGCACGGUGGUGGCGAUAAGAAGCUGAUCGAAGAAAGAUGUGAAGAGUUAAGGUCAGCCAAUGAAAAGAGCACAUCCGCUUUUGAUAAAGAGAAAACGCAAGAAAGACUCUCAAAACUAUCAGGUGGCGUUGCUGUCUUCAAGGUGGGAGGAUCAAGCGAAGCUGAAGUUGGAGAAAGAAAAGACAGAGUCACUGAUGCUUUGAAUGCCACAAGAGCAGCUGUAGAAGAAGGCAUCAUACCUGGUGGUGGUGUGGCUCUAUUGUAUGCUACAAAGGCUUUAGACAACCUUCAAACUCAAAACGAGGAUCAAAGAAGAGGUGUUCAGAUAGUUCAGAAUGCUCUCAAGGCUCCUGCAGUAACAAUAGCUGCAAAUGCUGGUUACGAUGGUUCUUUAGUGGUUGGCAAGUUAUUGGAGCAAGACGAUUUCAAUUACGGUUUCGAUGCAGCCAAAGGUACUUAUGUUGAUAUGGUAAAAGCUGGAAUCAUAGACCCGGUCAAGGUUAUCAAAUCCGCCUUAACCGACGCCGCUAGCAUUUCUUUGCUUUUGACAACAACAGAGGCUUCGGUGCUUGUGAGUGCAGACGAGAAAACACAAAGCCAUGUCCCUGAUAUGUCCGCCAUGGGCAUGUGA